AUGUCUGACAACGUAGAUACAUCUCUCUCGAGAAAGGUCAAAGAUAUCGCUGCAGGUUUCAUUGGGGGUGCAACCCAAGUUCUCAUUGGACAACCUGCAGACUUGGUAAAGAUUAGACUUCAAACGUCAACGGUUCCUAAUAUCACAUCGACACAAGUUAUCAAGCAAGUAAUACAGAAUGAAGGUGCGUUAGCUUUCUACAAGGGAACCUUGCCACCUUUGGUAGGUGUCGGAGUUUGUGUAUCCUUACAAUUCUAUGGGUUCCACGAAAUGAAAAGGCAAUUAUUGAAGUAUACCAACCAGAACUCAUUGAAUUUGUGGCCACAGACUUAUAUAGCAGGAGCCUUUGCGGGUUUGGUGAACACACCAGUGACCGCACCAGUAGAACAGUUGAGAAUUUUGUCGCAAUCUUCUACAGCAUCAGUCAAGCCCUCGCUCUUAGAGACAGUCCGUAAAAUAUACAGGACUAAUGGCUUCACGCACGGUAUAUAUAGAGGAUUCAACAUAACGCUACUAAGGGAAGUCCAGGCAUACGGUGUUUGGUUCUUAACUUAUGAGUUUUUGAUCGAGCAAAUCCAAAAGCUGAGAGGUUAUAAGCAACGUCACGACAUCUCUACUCCGGAAUUGCUAGCUGCUGGUGCCACUGCCGGCUGUUCGUUAUGGUUACUGUCUUACCCGAUUGACGUAAUCAAGUCUAACAUCCAAAGUGACAAGUUUGGAAAGGAUUCCAAAUAUAAGGGUAAAAGUUUGCUUGUAGCUAAGGAUAUAUUGAAAAGACAAGGCUGGAGAGGUUUCUGGAAGGGAUUGACUCCCUGCUUGCUUAGAGCUGUCCCAUGCUCUGCAGGUACAUUUGCAAGUGUGGAGUUGGCCUUGAGGUUAAUGGGUUAA